AUGGGAAACGCGGGAAGUAAUUUACCCCGGGAGCGCCAUAAAUCCGGAUCCAAUGAUCCAAUUCCGGGCUCUCCGAUGAAGGACGAUCAGGCGUUUGUGUUCGAUCGCAAACCACACAUCUACGGCCAUCCGUUUGCAACCGAGGAAGAGGUAGAACCGUACGGUUAUUCCAAGUCCGUUCCGGAUCCGGAGUUUAUGCGCGAACCACGGAAACGAUCCAGCACCAUGUCGGAAGGUACGACACCAUCCGAUUUGCCAGCUGGUGCGGGUGGACCACAGGAGGAGGAACCCCAAUCCACCACACUGCCGACCGUGUUCAAGUGGGACGGUGGUGGCAAGCAGGUGUUCAUCAGCGGAACAUUCUCCCAGUGGAAAGUUCUACCGAUGGUGAAGUCGCAUGCAGAUUUUGUCACCAUCAUCAACAUCCCGGAAGGGGACCACCAGUAUAAGUUUCUUGUGGACGGCGAAUGGAAGCAUGAUCCAAAGCUGAAAAAUGUUGAAAACGACUCGGGCUUUACGAACAACCUCGUUACGGUGCGUCAGUCCGAUUUUGAAGUAUUCCAAGCGCUGGCCAAGGACAGCGAAGAUACGGGCAAAGAUGAAUCGAAAGAGUGGGGCCAAGAUAUCCCAACUGCCAGACCGUGGGGUAAGGAGUCGGGACCGCCCAUAUUGCCUCCCCAUCUGCUGCAGGUCAUUCUCAACAAGGACACUCCAUUGUCGUGCGAACCAACACUUCUUCCCGAACCGAACCACGUCAUGCUGAAUCACCUGUACGCCCUUUCGAUCAAGGACGGUGUCAUGGUGCUGAGUGCGACGCAUCGCUACCGGAAGAAAUACGUCACCACGCUGCUCUACAAACCGAUCUAGAUA